AUGUUCCGUGAGGAAACAAGCCGCCUCAUCUACGAGUACGACGCCGAGCAGCUCUACAUCGAGCCCUGGGGCCCGAAUGCCUUGCGGAUCAGAGCCACAAAAUGCGCGACCAUGCCAACUGAAGACUGGGCGCUCGAGGGGCAGCCUCCUCCCGUAAUGCAUGCCGAAAUCUCCAUUUCCUCAACUGCCGCAAAGAUUACCAACGGCAAGAUCCAGGCUGUCAUUACCAAAUUCGGUAAGCUGACAAUCCUGAAUUCACAAGGCCGUGUUCUACUUGAGGAGUACACGCGCACCCGUCGGGAUAUUCUCGAUUCUAAAUGCAGCGCCAUUGAAAUUGAGGCCCGGGAGUUUAAGCCCAUCCUUGGCGGCGAUUAUCACUUAACGGCACGGUUCGAGAGUGUUGACCCGAAUGAGAAGAUAUUCGGCAUGGGUCAAUACCAGAUGCCAUUCCUGGAUUUGAAGGGUAUAGACCUUGAGCUGGCGCAUCGUAACUCUCAAGCCAGUUGUCCCUUUGCUCUUUCGUCUCUCGGAUACGGAUUUUUAUGGAAUAACCCCGCGAUUGGGCGCGCGGUGUUUGGGAGGAACAUAAUGAGCUUUGAGGCAUACUCGACAAAGGCGAUGGACUACUGGGUUGUGGCGGGAAAUUCACCCGCAGAAAUUGAGGAGCAUUAUGCAAACGUCACCGGCAAAGUCCCCAUGAUGCCUGAAUAUGGCCUUGGUUUCUGGCAGUGUAAGCUGCGCUAUCAGACCCAGGAAGAGCUUCUGGGCGUAGCGAGAGAAUACAAGAGCCGGAACUUACCGAUCGAUCUUAUUGUGAUUGACUUUUUCCACUGGCCUAAGCAAGGGGAGUGGAAGUUCGACCCUGGCUACUGGCCAGAUCCAGCUGCUAUGGUUCAGGAACUGCGUGAGAUGAAUAUUGAGCUCAUGGUUUCCAUCUGGCCUACAGUGGAUAAGAAGUCGGAGAAUUUUGAGGAGAUGCGUGAGCAUGGUCUUCUCAUUCGAGUGGACCGAGGCGUUCGAACUGGCCUGGAUUUUGAGGGCGAGACCAUCCACUUUGAUGCUACGAACCCCAAAGCGAGACAGUACGUUUGGAAAAAGGCUCGGGACAACUACUACGCUAAAUAUGGGAUCAAAGUGUUCUGGCUUGACGAGGCCGAACCGGAAUAUACAGCAUACGAUUUUGACAACUACCGGUACCACCUCGGGUCAAACCUGGCGAUUGGAAAUAUCUAUCCACGAGACUAUGCGCGGGCUUUCUACGAUGGACUGACUGGCGAAGGAGAAGAGAAUGUGGUGAACCUGGUGCGAUGUGCCUGGGCGGGCAGCCAGAAGUAUGGGGCGCUGGUCUGGAGUGGCGACAUCGCCUCCUCGUGGAGCAGCUUUCGGAAUCAGCUAGCCGCUGGACUUAACAUGGGCAUCGCAGGUUUUCCUUGGUGGACCACAGACAUUGGUGGUUUUCAUGGAGGAGAUCCCAAUGACCCAGAAUUCCGCGAACUGCUUGUGCGCUGGUUCCAGUGGGGAGCCUUCUGCCCUGUUAUGCGCUUGCAUGGCGACCGGUUGCCCCGGCAGCCUCAACAGGGCACGACGGGAGGUGCGACGUGUUGUAGCGGUGCAGACAAUGAGGUAUGGUCGUACGGACCGGAAGUGUAUGACAUCUGCAAGAAGUAUAUGCAUAUCMGCGAGGAAUUGCGACCCUACACGCGACAGCUGAUGCGAGAGGCUGCGGAUAAAGGUGCCCCGGUGAUGCGAACUCUCUUUUAUGAAUUUCCGGAAGACGAAACAUGCUGGGAGCUAGGCACUCAGUACAUGUUUGGCCACCAAUUCAUGUGCUGUCCAGUGCUUAGCGCUGGCAUGGCGAAGAUGACGGUCUAUCUCCCCCACCUGCCUGCUGAAAGGAAGUGGAAGGCAUUCCAGGGGAACGAUGUCUGGGAAGGUGGCCAAUGGAUCGAGGUUGACUGCCCCAUAGCUACGAUGCCUGUUUUUGUGAAAGACUAG